ACCGUCGGAACGUUCUCUGUAUCCGGAGACGCAGCACUAGCUGGUCUCAACGCGUGUGUUAUUUGUGGCGUAGAAUAUAUAUCGGGAUGAUCUUGCUUUAGUUCCAGAUUUCUCUUCUGGUGAGCUGGGUCCAAGCUUCUGAGCACGUGCAGAGUUCCAUCCCGCCAAACAUUCGGAUCCAUCAUUUUAGUAAGAGAAAGGGGCUCUUGGUUAGAAUGGCAAAGUUGACCUUUCCAAAAUUAAGGAGCAAGUCUGUGGCAUGAGCUCUGCAUUGGUGGCAAAGGAAAAUACGAUGUAUGUUUAUUUUUCAGGGCAGAAUGUUUUUGGUGGGAUUGACAGGUGGCGUUGCAUCAGGAAAAAGCACCGUGGUGGCCAUGUUGCGGGAACUGGGCUGUGCUGUUAUUGAUGCUGAUGUUAUAGCCCGUCAAGUGGUCCAGCCAUGCUUCCAGGCAUACCAGCGCAUUGUGCAUUCCUUUGGCCCCGAAAUUCUCCUGGAAAAUGGCGAGAUCAACCGCGAAGCCCUAGGAAGCAUCAUUUUCUCUCAGCCAGAGAAACGUCAGUUGUUAAAUUCCAUCACUCACCCUGAGAUCCAGAGAGAGAUGCUAAAACAGAUCUUGAAAUACUUUGUGCUGGGCUACCGAUAUGUGAUCCUGGAUAUUCCCCUCCUCUUUGAAACUAACAGAUUGACCAGGAUCAUGAAACAUACAGUUCUUGUUUACUGUGACCCACAAUCCCAACUGUCCCGUCUGAUGCGUAGGAACCGAUUGACUCAGGCAGAGGCCGAAGCGCGCAUUGCUGCCCAGCUGCCCCUUGCCCAGAAGGUCAAGCUGGCCAACCACGUCAUUGACAACUCAGGUGACACGGAAGCCACAAGGAGGCAGGUCCUCAAGCUGCAUGCAUCACUAGAAGAUUCCCUGGACUUCCUUUGGGUGCGUCUGUUGGCUGUUGCCGCAACGGCUGGGUUUGGCAGCCUGGUGUAUUUUCUGCUGCGGCAAUUUGUAUCUUAAUUUGACCUUUCUGUGCUAGAAAGGGCAAUAGGACCCAACUCUAUAAGUAGUUUUGCCAUCUGAAUGUAGAUGACUAAACCAGGCCAGAGUCUGCUUUCCAAAAAAAA